ACUUUCAGAUAUACGAAACCGGCAGAGGGAGCUAAACUAGCAGCACGUGUGUUAGUUGUCAAACCGGCCUUGUGGUGUAGGCGUACUCUUUUCUUCUUCAAGCCAGUCAUUGACCGGUGUUUGCUUCACUCGUGUGGAGGCUUCUCGUAUCUGUUCCUCAUUGCUCAGUCGAAUCUACAAUGUCGGGGGUACACUUCUUAGUGGAUGUUGAAGGUGGUGCUUCAGUUCCGUUGUCACCAAGGGAUGACAAUGCUGUGGGUAUGGCAUUGGAUUUUGACCCUUUGAGCUUCGAAUUUAAUGAAUAUACAUCAAAUUCGACCAAUACGAAAGUUGAAUACACUCGUACUGUUGAAGUAUCUCAGGAUGUUUCAUCUAAAUUGGUUGAUCUAGACACGUUUGAUCCUUUUGUCUCAGCAUCAUUGGAGCCCGAUCAAUUUUUAGCCGAAGAAGAACGUAGGAAAGAUUCAGAAAAUUUUUGUAUGCAUGAGAAGGAAGUAGAAUACUCUUAUGAAGAUGGACUAGAUUUUCAUCAGGAGUUUGAGGUAGGUUUUGACAGUUCCAUACCACCAGACUCCUUAGAAGUUUCUAGUUGCCAAGAGCUCGAAGACGGACAAUUCCAACAUUUAUCAGCAAAGAAAGAGACUAUUUUUUAUACAGAACCAGAUUGUCCAGUAGUCACUAUGACCACCACUUCAGUAGUUGAGAAUGUUCAACAAGCUUCUUUUGAAAAAGAACAGGAAGAAGGCUUAGAGUUUGAGAGAGAAACGGAUGACUUGUUACAAGCUGAACCAGAUCACUUAGGAGAUCACAGUGACCAAGAUGUUGAAAAACGUUCAGUGUCAUCGGAAAACAGUGACCAAGAUGUUGAAAGACAUUCGGUGUCAUUGGAAAACAGUGACCAAGAUGUUGAAAGACGUUCGGUGUCAUCGGAGAACAGUGACCAAGAUGUUGAAAGACGUUCGGUGUCAUCGGAGAACAGUGACCAAGAUGUUGAAAGACGUUCGGUGUCAUUGGAGAACAGUGACCAAGAUGUUGAAAGACGUUCAGUCUCAUUGGAAAACAGUGACCAAGAUGUUGAAAGACGUUCAGUCUCAUUGGAAAACAGUGAUCAAGAUGCUGAAAGACGUUCAGUCUCAUCAGAAAAUAACUUGGAAAUGGGAGAGUCCAAUAUGGAAGAUCAGUAUAGGGGAGAUAUAAUGCUAGAUAGAGGUGAUGCAGAAACAGCUAGAACUGAGAAGUUGGAAGAAGUUGAUCAAGAAAUGUUGCAGCAAACGACACGAGAGGAAGAAACUCUUGUGUCUGUUUCUAAACUAAAAACUAUGGAUGUUGCAAGUGAGGAAGAUGAUGUUCAAUCAGAAACUGUUGUGGACUUGGAGGGUCUGAAGUCCACAUACAUCCAACAAGCUCAAGAUGAUUCUGUUUCUCCAACCCGGGACCUAAUAACCACAGGAAUCAGUGUCAAGACUUUAUCCACAAGUUUCACCAGUGAACAAGAUGAUGAUACAACUAGAGAUUUGGAGGUUAUUGACACAGGAAUAUCUGUAAGCCAGUUGAAAUCCAGUUUGACUGAACAACAAGAAGAGUGUGUUGAGAAAGAACCACUGGAAGAUGUCAAACCAUCUAUUGAUAGGGCUAAAGCCACACUAACAUUUAGUCAGGUAUAAUGAUGACUUUACUAAUGAAUGUAGUCAUGGUUA